CGAAAGGAAAGGAAGGUGAAAAAACUUUCAAACUGGUGAAAAAUUGCUAAUUGUCCGCGAAAAGUGCACAGACUUUGGACAAAAGUGCCUGCGAACGGAAGCCCGCGUGCUUCUGCACCCGUGCAGUGUAAAAUCCACCCGCACGGGAUGGAAUUCUGCGGGAAAAGUGCGUUUUUCGUUGUGCUCUAGAGAAAAGUUUCCAUACACCACCAGUUUCAGCCAUUGAGCAGAAAAAAGAAUAAGGUAAAUAAGGGCAAGUGUGUGUUAAGAAGAAGUGAAAGAAAGCAACAGCAACCUUCAAAAGUGGAAAAAUAAACACCACUUGUCGAAUAGUGCAAAAGCAACAAUAAAGACAGACUGGCUCGUUGUUUUGCAUCACUCCCUGCCAGUCUUUGUGUCGGCUAGGUAGGAUUGCACAGUUGAAACAAUGAGUCUGGCUGGUUCUACUGGAAGCCCUGAGCUAAGUUUUCGGGCACUCCCAUAUUUGGACAAAAAGUGGAUUAAAGCGGAUGUUAGUUCAGCUCUGCGUUCCUCGGAGGAUUUGGCGAACUUGUGGAAUCAUCUGGUUCAGGAUGAGGAAGUUGUCACCGGCAAAUUGCUGUCGUCGAUCAACGCCUCGGGAGAUGUGGCAUAUGUACGACCCGAUGGAAAAUACUACUGCGGGGUGCAAUCCCUGAGUUGUACCUGCUGUAAGGGGAUUUGUAGCGCCACAUCCAGCUGCACUUGUGCGGCUUGUCAGCUUCUUGAGGCGGAAGAAGGACCUACGAAGAAAAAUUCUGGCUCCGGGGCUCAGCAGCACCACCAAAACCAGAACCAAAGCGAAAACGCUGGGAUCUGCUCGGGAACGAUUCUAGACUCGUGGCUCUGGAGUCCAAUUCCAAGUCUGGAGGAAAAGCGUGUUUGCACGAAAAAGCUGAUCGCCGAACAAAGAGAAAUUUGUUUACAGGCUGCCGCCAACUGUUUGUCGGCCACGCGUACCAAACAGCUGUUGUACGUCUAUCGGAGGUAUUUUAUUGCGUUGCAACGAUGCAAACAGGAGGAAAAAGCCGCCCCAGAUGAUUACCGAUCUGGAAUGAACCAGGAAAUGGUGGCGAGUGAAAUCGAUGCGGUGAAAUUGAGCAAAAAUCCCAGCUUCGACCGCACCCCGAUGAAGGACUGCGACAAGGCAACGUUCGGGCUAGCACGGGUCGGAACCCGGGCCGCGUUGAAUUUCUCCUUCGCGUUUCUCCGGCGUGCCUGGCGCUCCGGUGAGGAUGUCGAACUGUGCAGUGAACUGCUGUCGGAGGCUCUGGAAGCACUUCAAACACUCCCGGAGGCGUCGCUUUUCGACACCUCCCAAAUGUCAACGCUUUGGAUCGAAGUGGUAGAGAAGUCGAUUAAGUUCCUCCGUCAGGUGGUGCUUGGCGACGUUAUGGGGGGCCGCUGUUUGGUACCGAAGGCUGACCGUCACAUUGCGCUGAAUCUGCUGCUUGAAUUGGGUGCCCAGAAGGGUACCCUUGGCGGUUCGUUGGAGGGAGUUUCGCUGCUGUUGACACUGCACGAGAAAGACCAGGAGAGCGAAGACAAUCGAAGCCCUCCGCAGAAUACGGGUGCCCCUCUGGUACCGCUACUGAAGCGGUACGAGCAGAUUGAUAGUUUCUCUUCGUACACCACCGGGGAUUCGUACCACUUUGGGCCCACUGAAUCGUUUCUGCGGUUUUUAACGUUGCCGGAGAACGAAACCACAAAUGUGGACCUAAAACAAGCGGCAGUGAUAAUCGUUAGUCAUCUGGAUCGACUGGCCAAACCACACCUCCCAGCGGGGAACUAUUCAACCAAAGUGAACAAAUCCAACUCGCAGAAGAUUUUCACGCUCGGGUGGAGUUCUUGUUCGCCUGAGAUGUACGGAUUCACAUCGGAAGCCAGCAACGGAACCGUCCAAUUGCUGGGAUCCGUUCCUAAGUAUUCGACAGCUACCAUUGAUCUUCCGGUGGGGUUACAGGUCCGUCAAAUCGCCUGUACUGAGAACGACAUCUAUAUUUUAACCACAAGUGGACAAGUAUUGUCACUGCAUUCCAACUGCGCAGAGAACAUUGCCCCGAAAGCGGUUGAAGGUCUGGAGGGAGUCAACGUGAUCCAGAUUGCUGCUCACUGCGAGGGAAAACAUUUGCUGGCGUUGAACUCAUCAAACGAGGUGUGGUCCUGGGGUGCUGGCGAUGGUGGAAGGCUUGGACAUGGGGAUACGACUUCCAAAGAUGUUCCUACGAAGAUCGCUGGCCUGUUGGAGAAGCAAGUUUGUGGAAUUUUUUGUGGAGCUUCGUACAGUGCUGCGAUUUGUUCCAGUGGAGAGCUGUUGACGUGGGGUCGUGGUACCUAUGGAAGGUUGGGUCACGGCAACUCGGACGACAAGCUUGUUCCUACGCAGGUUCAAGCCAUGAAGGCGUACAAAGUUGUUGAUGUGGCCCUGGGGAGUGGCGAUGCGCACUCCAUGUGUGUAACGGAUGGUGGUUUGCUGUUUGCCUGGGGCGAUGGUGACUUUGGAAAACUGGGCAAUGGAUCGUGCAAUGGCUCCCCGAUUCCGGUGCAGAUUGAAAAUCUGUCAAACGUGACCCGGGUCUACUCUGGGUCGCAGUUUAGUGUGGCUCUCACUACGGAUGGAACUCUCUACAGUUGGGGAAAGGGUCACGGUGGUCGGUUGGGUCAUGGCAAUUCGGAACACUCCAACGUUCCCAGGUUGGUACAAUCACUGGAGGGAAAGAAAGUGGUAGAUGUUGCUGUUGGGUCUGCCCAUUGUUUGGCGUUGACAAGUGGCGGCGAGUUGUACGGUUGGGGUCGCAAUGAUUAUCAGCAAAUUUGUCCUACGUGUAUUUCACGCGAUCCGAUAAUCCAGUGUCCGACAUUGACGACUCCACCUACGCUAAGGAUCUCCGGUAUGACCUGUGGGGCAGCUCAGAGUAUCGUGUGGUGUCACUCUUCGACUCUUGGGGUGGCAUCGAAAAUUCCGUUCGUCGUAGAUCUCUGCGAACACACAUUCCGCAUGCUCGAUCAGUUGCUUUGUACGGUUUGUAGCACUCAAACCGGUCCGGGAGAUAUUCGUCAUCCACCAAGUCAAGAAGCUGAAUGCAUCGCCGUAGCUUCAUUGAAUCUUUUACGACUGCAACUGCACGCUAUGAUAGUGAAUAAUGUUUCCGCUAAGCAAGCGGGUCUGGUGGAAGGGUCUCGCCUUCUAGCAAGCCUUAAAUCUCGCAUCCUGGCAUUGGCAGGAGGUCCUGUUGUACUGAAAACUAUGCAAGAAGCCGCCCAAUGGACAUUGCAAGUGGGGUGGUCUAUUCUACUUCCGACCGCUUCGGAACGUGCCCAAACGCUGACCUCGCUUCUUCCUGCCGGUCACGAUACGACCACUACUAGCAAUAGUUCCGGCCACCGCUUCAUGACUGAUCUUUUGGUUGGCUCCCUCAUGGCCGAGGGAGGCCUGCAGACAGCUUUAAACCAGGCAAUCAAUGCCCAACGCUCGCAAGACUGUAGUUCCACCGGAACGCAUCUAUCCCUCCUACAUUUGCUUAAGCAGCUACUACGUAACAAUUCCAGCUUAACACAGGCUCGUCUUGGCCAGCUCAUGCUUGGUCCCUACAUAAAGACUGAAGAAGGAUUUUCAUCACCCGAACCACCCUCGCCUAGUCUCGAUCUCUUGCACAAGUUCCAACGGUUGCUUCUGUCCUACAUUUACCAGUCCAAGGCAGACGAUCUCAGUGGCGCAGAAGCGCUUUUGGAUACCUACAUCCAGCAAGUAGUUGGUGCGUGCGUAACCACCCUAAACAAGGCUCACGAAACCAUUCUUCAAGGCAAGGAUUGCGUUGCAGAAAUCCUGAAGAACGACAUCUCCGACGCCCUGCUGUACGAACUGCUGAUCGGACUGGUACUCAUUCAGAAAGAAAAAUCUCUGUUCCUUUCAUCCUUCGACUGGAACAAACAUUUCAUCCCUUUGCUACAUUCCUUGGAUAAUUUUAACCGCCUAACCCACGAAGGAGAAAUACACGACUCAGAUGACAUGGGCUGGCCGGGAAUCAUUUGUCGGGGAACGGCGAAAGCGGCACCCGUCCAGGAGGAAACCCUCCUGAUUCGCAGUAGCGACAUAGAUAAUCACUGCGCCGACGGAGGAAACUGGGUCAUAAUAAACGGCAACGUUUACGACGUUAAAGAUUAUCAAGCCGAUAACCCUGCCACUCAGGAGAUUCUGACGGCCAACGCCGGUAAAGAUAUUUCCCUUGAAAUCAGCAACCCACAACACCGGGCGGCGUUUGAAUUCAUCACGUCCUUCCUGAGAGUCGGAAGAUACGCUAUCAACGAAAUCUGUGACAAAGAAAAUCCCCGACAGAUGAUCACCCUGACCCACUUCCACACGGAGUGCAUUCUUGCGUAUCUUCUUGGGCUAAGAAGCAAUAUUCUGCAGAUGGGAUCGGCCCUACAGCCAGCGGAAAUUCAGUGUCAGAAUCUGUUGAAUUCGGCUAUCCUCAGCGGUGGCUUGCAAGUGCUGCAGCCGAGCAAUCCGUUCGACGAGGAGAAGGGCGAAGCAAGAAGCAGUGGUUCCACCGCUGGCAGUACACCAACCGAUGCUUCCAGUCAAAUUCCAAUUGCAGACGUUCCACAGAUGGCAAAUUGGCCAUCGGCCAUGAUAUCGCACCGAGUGGAGAACUUGCUGUCGAAUUUGAGCGAGGGAAAACUGACCGACCCGCUAGUGUCUUCGUGGAUUACGAUUUGCGAGAGAUACUGCAAGGAACAUCAUCUGAUUUGGCAUCAAGAAUUUCCACCGGAGCAUCCUGUGAUGGAACUGGAGCGGCUUCUGCUAGCAGUACUAAUACGGCAUCAAAAUCUAGGACAGCUGGCUCUCGCCGUUGUGGACAGAGAGCUGAGUGGCAACUGCUCGAAACCUCCUCUGCCGAUCGUCAACAUUAUCAAACAGGUCCACCAAACCAAGUGGAGCAUUGUGAAAAUGCGCCAGCAACUCAACCGUAGCUACAAGGAGGUCUGUGCACCGAUGAUCGACAAGUGUCGCUUUCUGCUGUACGAAAUCCGUCCGGCGAUCAGCCUGGAACAGCAUGGUCUCGCCAAUCUGCACAUUCUGCACAAGAUGCCCCGCUUCAAGGCACUCGUCCAUCGCAUCAUCGUCGAGAUGCGGAUGGCGAAAAAGCAGCUCGCCUGCGCCAAGCCCGAGGAUAUUCUCAACGUUACGAUCCAGAGCCAGUUUAGCUCGAUUACCAAAAUCCAGUCGCAGGAGAAUCUCAGUUUGAAAAACCUUUCGACCGAAAAUCUAGUCAACGAAAGCCUCAUCAAGGUGGAGAGUUUGGAAAGUUUGAACACCAGCGUCAGGGAUAGAUCUUCCUCGCCGGUGGUGCUGUUGGCGGUUCAGAAGCACGCCGCUUCGGACGAGAAUCUGUUGAAUGUGGCCAGUGCUGAGGUCGCGACGAAUGUUGGUGGUGGAGGCGGUGGUGGCGAUGGGGGUGGCAAGAAAAUUUCCAUAACAAGUGACGAGAUUAAAACCCCAACCAAUGAAAUUAUCGAUUAUAAUCAUUCCAAGAUGAAGAACCCUGACGGGGGCGAUGAGUUCAUCAACAAUGUGAUUGCCAGUUUGAGUGAGAAGUGUUUGAUCGAAUCAUACCCCGUAGAGUUCAAAAACGGCGUGAGCCAACAGAUUGUGGACUUUAUUUUGUACGAUUUAUGCGAUGUGGAAACACUGCGACGCGCUAUGUACUGUCAGAUCCAACGGUAUCAAAUUCGAAAGCAAGGCUUAGAGAUGCUGUAUGAACUGCUAAAGAUUGUUGGGCUAUUCGACGCCGCGCAAUACAAUCUGUUUAACGGCUAUCUGGGUUUACACAUGGGAAAGGAAAAUGCCCAGGGUGCCGAACACAUUCUAGAGAAUCUGAAUAUGAUAACAGCUUUUCAGAAGGCGGAUAUUUUAAUUGCACAGGCGAAAAUUAUUGAGUGGGCCGUUGCAGAGCUGCAGAAAUAUGUCAACCAGGAGAAAAUUAACGGUAGACAUAGGAACCAUGGCGAGAAGGAUAAUUCUAACUUGGGAACAUACGUGUUUCUGAAGAAGUUGCCCAGGGCACGAUUUCUGUUGAGCAUCCUGGGAAUUCUGUCCCGAUCGUAUGAGGCGAAUGAACUGAGUCUGUUGAUCAAUUCUGGCAUAUUGGGGAGUAUCAUGGGAUUGCUGAGACAGACCGGUGCAGAUCUGCCGAGUAGUAAAAACAAUACGGAUAUUUCCGUGAUCUACGAGGAUGUCGUUACGAGUUUGAAGUCAUCUAAAGAAGGUUUACCUGGACCGGAAUUAGCAAAACUGAUGAAAAUUGGCACUAGAAUUGCUCGCGGUGCAGAUUGGAAGUGGGGAGAACAAGAUGAACCGGGAGGAGAAGGAAGGAUUAUUAGUGAAAUUGGCGAGGAUGGAUGGGUUCGGGUCGAGUGGGACAACGGUACAACCAACUCAUACCGUAUGGGAAAAGAAGGUCAGUACGACCUACGGUUGGCCGAGAGCGCGUUGAAAGCUCUCUCACCAGAGAAGGACAGCGAGAAAGACGACUUCACAGAUCAGCAUCUUUGCAACGAGUCCCACCCCACGAAGCUGCUGCGUAGUGUGUGCAUCAAAACGCUCCAGAUGAUUUUCGCUUCCGUGGGAAUGCAUGCCGACCGGAUGCAGGAGAAUUCCUUGCGGAGCGUUGCCUCCAUGUUUCGGGCCAUUCUAACCAACCGUAUCACCUAUUGUAACUUCGGACUGGAACAGUGGACUACGCUGGGAUUUCUGAGGGCCAUUUCCUACUCGAAAGCUCUUUCGAAGCAUUUGACCUCACCGGUUUGGAUCGAACUGGUGUUCGAGAUUCUCAAUUCGCCAAUCACCUGCAAGAAGGAUGUCUACAAGAAACUCCACUGUUUGAGACUGCUCCAAUCGACACUGGUCAACUGGACGAGUGACGAGGCCAGCCGGAUCGAUGAUAUCAUCGUUAAAUUGUUCGAUGUCGUUGGAAGGAUCACUUUGUUUUGUCCCAAUGAUCUAUCGUUGCUGAACAACGCGACCGACAUAAAGUCGAGAGUGCUGUACAGUGCAUCGCACACGGGAACGAUUGCCGAGGAAAUCAUUGUGUUGAUCAGGAAACUUCACACGUUGCCACUCUGGAAUGAUAACAUUAAUUCGUUCAUUGCGCAGAAACUUUGUCUGGUGGCGGAUACAUUCCUUGUGAAUGAGCAGGAGAUUAACUUCGAAAACGAGAAGACUCCCAUCAUGGGAACGCUGUGCACGAUCGGGGGUUGCGAUUCAAGGCCCAGAUUGGCACUCAAUCUCACACUGGACGGUGUGCGUGGAACGAUCUCACGAAUGACGAAAAAGGGAAAGGUCGUCAUGAACGUCCACUCAACGGCUGAAACGAAGAAGAUACCCAUAUUUAAGGUGGCGGAAUGCGUUGACGUCGGGGCAUUCAGUCUAUCGAAGCUGACUAUCAACGAAAUGUUGCUGAACUCGUGGGCUGUGCUGUUCUACGGUGUCGGCCAAACUCCGAUGAAUGUUGUGAACGUGAUUAAUACGCAUCUGCUACAGACCCAGCAGAUCAACUUUUCCGCCCUAAAAGCUACCAAAGUUCUAUUCCGUCAUCAGAGUCUGCUGCGGAAGAUUCUGCGACAGAGAUCCCCCGGGAUCACCCGGAGCGCGUCGAAAGACAGUCUCUCGGAUCGGGACGUUAGCCCGGAGGAGGGGAAGACACGAAGUGAAUCCAACACUUCUGACGAAUCUCAAACUUAUGCCGAGCUGUUGAUACAAACAAUGCUGUUGAGAGCUACCCAGCCAAGUCCGCUGAAGGCUUGCUACUCGUUCCAGGAGAUGGAACUCGCCGCCUUGAAUAUUUCCCAGAUGCUCGCAAGUCAUGUCCACAAUGAGCUGAAUGCAUCCUCGAGCUCCAACAAACGAACCUUGCCGGUCAGUCAACCGACGAUGAUCCAUGGUGUUCCGAUCUAUAACAAUGAAACGGCGCUGGAAGACGCGCAGACGCCGUCCGGAGCCGAAGCAGUUGCGCACGCGACCACCACAGCCACAACGGCUGGUCGUGGUGGAAACACCCGGCGCAGUCCUCCAAGUCCGCUCGUGGCGCAAAUAAUGGAGAUGGGAUUUACCCGCAAAGCGGUCGAAACAGCGAUCAAGACUUCUACACUUCAUACCAACGUGAGACCGACGGCGGAACAAAUCGUUCAGUGGAUACUGGAGCAUCCGGAUGUGACGGCAAACUUGGGUGGGAAAGGGGAUGAUAAUGAUGCUCAUAGCGACACCGAGAGUGUCAGUUCGGACACGAUGGAUGGUGGUUCCUCGAUGCAGGACUCGCAACAGAUUACCUACAAGAUGAGAGAUGACUUCAAGUCGUCCGAUCAAUAUGCGAUGUACGUGAGGGGAAUGAUCUGCCCUGGAAUGUUAGUUCGCUGCUGUCAGGACUUUGAGGAGAUACGGAAAGGUGACAUCGGAACUGUUUUGAAGGUGGAACCCGAAGGGUUGCACGAUCUGAACGUCAGAGUUGAUUGGCAAAUGCAUGACCGACCGUAUUGGAUGUGCUUCGUACAUCUGGAGCUGUUGGAGGCGCCAUCAUCCGAGAACAGCUCAACGAUCAGUGUUGGGUCGCAGGUUCGAAUGCGAAACACACAGCACUUCCGUUAUCGGAUGAAUUCGGUCCCACGGGGUAGCAUUGGAACGGUCACCUUGCUUAACAACUACGAAGCUACGGUGGAAUUUCCGCAGCAGACAGUAUGGAAUGGACACAUCAACGAACUGGAACUCGUUUCGAACCCACUCUACUCGGGAGGUUCCGGACAGGGAGGCAUUUUCGAUAUUAUUGACGAUUGGUCCCGUUGCAUUAAAUCGCUGACGGUGUCUUCAAACGAGGCAUCUGCCAAACACUUGCUGAACAAGAGCGCAAAUUGCUGGCAAAGUUCGUCUACCCAAGGCAAACACUGGAUCCGACUGGAGAUCCACGAUCAGGUUUUCAUUCAAUCUCUGUCGAUCAAUGUCGACCCGGAUGAUUAUUCGCAUAUGCCUUCACUGAUCGUCAUCAGGGGUGGAGAUUCGGUGGCUUCGCUCAAAGAACUCCAUUGGGUAUCGGUGAACCCCACCGACACGGUCGUCUCGAUGUUGAACGACUGCAAGCAGUACUACGCCUGGGUGGAAAUACUCAUCAAACAGUGUCGUAACAACGGAAUUCAAUGCAAAGUUCACGGAAUCAACAUCGUCGGCAAACGCAAGCAAACCGAUCUGGAGAUGAUGCUCCAGAACGCAUCCUUCCUGGCAUCGGAGAAUGAAACCGCAGCGGAACCUAGUUUUUCAACAUCCUCGAACUAUUCCGACGAACAGUCGUCUAAUGAAGUCACGUCGAAAGUUCUCGUUUGGGGGUUGAACGAUAAAGAGCAACUUGGUGGUCUCAAGGGUUCCAAAGUGAAACUACCGACAUACUCAUCGGUGUUGAGUCAACUCAAACCAAUCCACAUCUCCGGUGGAUCAAAAUCGCUGUUUAUUGUCUCGCAGGAUGGCAAACUGUAUGCCUGUGGGGAAGGAACCAACGGCAGGCUUGGGCUGGGUCAUAACAACAACGUUCCAACGCCUAGACCGGUGCAGAUCCUCAACCAAUAUGUCGUCAAGAAGGUCGCCGUACAUUCGGGAGGAAAGCACGCGAUGGCUCUGACGCUGGACGGGAAAGUGUUCUCGUGGGGUGAAGGAGAAGAUGGGAAGCUUGGUCACGGUAACCGACUAACGCUGGAGAAACCGAAAUUGGUUGAGACCUUACGAACCAAAAGAAUUCGGGAUAUUGCCUGCGGGUCGAGUCAUAGUGCUGCAAUUACUAGUUCCGGGGAGCUAUAUACUUGGGGCCUGGGAGAGUAUGGUAGACUUGGACACGGGGAUAACUGUACUCAACUCAAACCGAAGCUGGUAACCUCCCUGCAGGGACAUCGUGUUGUGCAGGUUGCAUGUGGUAGCCGUGAUGCACAGACCCUGUGUCUAACGGAGGAGGGGUUAGUAUUUUCUUGGGGUGAUGGUGACUUCGGAAAAUUGGGUCGAGGAGGCUCGGAGGGAUGCUCGGUACCGCAUCAGGUCGAGCGGUUGAAUGGUGUUGGCGUGUUGCAGAUCGAGUGUGGUGCACAGUUCAGUUUAGCCUUGACCAAGUCCGGCGAGGUUUGGACCUGGGGAAAAGGUGACUACUAUCGGUUGGGUCACGGCACCGACCAACACGUUAGAAAGCCCACUCCCAUCCAAGGGUUGCGCGGAAAGAAGGUCAUUCAUGUGGCAGUUGGAGCUUUGCACUGUUUGGCGGUUACCGACAGUGGACAGGUUUACGCUUGGGGAGACAACGACCAUGGCCAACAAGGAUCCGGAAAUACGGUGGUGAAUAAGAAACCCAAUCUGGUGUUGGGUCUGGAUGGUGUCUUCGUGAAUCGUGUCGCUUGUGGAAGUUCACAUUCAGUUGCCUGGAGCUUACCGCAAAAUCCUUCGGAGAAAGACAAGAAAGAAGCGGUUCCAUUUGCCGUAAGCAAAGAUCCCCUCGGAAGCCAUAGUCUUGGGAUGUACGCUUCCGAUACGGAACCGACAACUGCCCAACCACAAGCUGGAGCGGUUAGCACUAAGCCGCAAAGACCAUCGCUUUCCAAAAGUGUUCUCACACUGGAAACAUACGGGGCGAGACAAGCAGCGCUGACACACAUACUGAACGCGAUGAGCAUUCUCCACGCGAGGUCGUGUAUAAUCGCUGCGUUGACUUGCCACUCGCAGCUGAAUGUGCACGACAAAGGUAGCGGCGGAUACAACGAAACACGACCUGUCACUCCGCUGUCAGAAACGGACCUCAAUGGAACGAAAGCUGACGCAGAGAUCGCGAACCCACAGAAUGAGGUUAUCGCUCAGGGAGGUGGUGAAGCACCCGCGGAUGCCUCUGGAUUAUCGACAAAUGACAUCGAUUGUGAUAUACCGAUAAUAUCUGGCAUGAAUAAUACGCUGAGCGCUUAUCGUAGUUUGACGGGGUCACUCUCGAUGUCGGCGUCGAUUUCAAGCUGUAAUGCUACCCAGCGGCACUCCAAGAUGUCGGCGAGUGCGAUGUCCGUCAUGGCCGCCACCAUGACCCAUCACGAUGAGAUAAUGCAUGAAGCGCCGAUUGCAAACGGACUGGACGAUUUUACCUCCCUCCUAGGGGAGUCUGAAGCCAAGCAUUUGAUCGAGUUGCUGAAGCUGAGCGUUUCCGGUCGCACUGGCCCUGCAAACACCUCCGAAACCAUAGCGACCACGUUGAUCGCGCUGGCCAGAAGCAACUCGACGAUAGCGAACAUGUUGAUCGAGACGUGCAUCACCGAGCUGGAAGAUCUGUGUACUUCACGUCAUUCGCUAGGGAAGCUGGCCAAACCGGUAGUUCAGGAAACCAGCCAUCCGUAUAUCGAUGACAUCACGCUUGUUGGUCAUGUCAAAAUACCUGGAGCCGAAGCGUUGCGAAUUGAGUUCGACAGCCAGUGUUCUACGGAACGACGAAAUGAUCCUCUGCUGAUCAUUGAUGGCGCUGGAUGGGUGGUAGCAACACGCUCGGGACGUGAGUGGGCCCAGUGGGCACCCGAAAUCCGCAUUGCGGGGGAUGAAAUGCGCUGGAAGUUUACCAGUGACAACUCCGUUAACGGUUGGGGUUGGCGUUUCUACGUUCAUGCCAUCAUGCCAGAAUCCUACCUGCAGGAGUUGGGGUCGGAUAGGACAGUCCUUUCUCAACCCUCAAUUGCGAUGGUGAUGGCUUUGCUUGAUUCUAAGCUUGUACCGCACGGCGGAAACACGCUAAUUCGUCUGGCGGCAGCAUUGUCACAAUGUGCGCAGUUGAGCUCCCUGACGGUAGCCCAAAGAAUUUGGUCGUUGAAGAAGAUGAAUCAAUAUCUCACCCUCAAGGAAGCUCCGCGUGGUUUAGAACCAGCAAUGAUUGAAAUUUUGAGUCCAUUGAUACCCAUCAUUCUUCGACAGUACGAGUAUGAAGAGCCGCAAGUUCGUAGUGGUCUGCACCUCAUGCAUUCCGAGUAUUUCAAAACUCUGGUCGCACUAGCCUGCGAUAUGCAGCUCGAUUCGCUUAUGCCUCAUGGCGAAGCCCACAAGUGGGCCUGGUUCCGUCGAUAUUGUUCCGCAGUUAGGGUGGCGCAAUCGUUGAUUCGACGAGUUACUCUACCCCCGACCUUUACCCUUGAGGUUAGGAAGAAGCUUCUGGAGAUUGCUUCACCAGCGACUAACCCUUCUCUACAGAACGCUAGCAACAGUAGCAUGAACAGUAGUAACUGCUCAUUAAUCCAGCACACAUCGAGUACUUCAAAUCUGAGUCAGCAUGGUUUCGACCUUGGGGGGUCAACGGCAAGCAGUGAAAUCGAGUCAAUCGAUACGUCUAAAUACAUGCAUGAAGAUCACAGCUAUUUCACUCCACAAUACGACUCUCAGCUACUGCAGUGGUUCAAUCGUAGACCAGAGGAUUGGGCGUUCUCAUGGGGCGGGGCCAGUACGAUCUUCGGCUGGGGUCACAAUCAUCGUGGGCAGCUGGGUGGGCUGGAUGGAAGCAGAAUUAAAAUUCCAACGCCUUGCGAAGCGCUGAGUUUGCUGAGACCUCUGCAAAUUGCUGGGGGUGAACAAACGCUCUAUGCUGUCACACCCGAUGGAAAGCUGUACGCUACGGGUUAUGGAGCUGGUGGUCGUCUCGGGAUUGGGGGAACGGAUUCAGUUUCUACGCCAACGCUGGUGGAGUCAUUGCAGCACGUCAUAAUCAAAAAGGUUGCCGUCAACUCGGGAGGCAAACAUUGUCUAGCUCUCUCGUCAGACGGUGAGGUAUUUUCCUGGGGAGAAGGAGAGGAUGGCAAGCUGGGUCACGGAAAUCGGGACAGCUACGAUAGGCCGAAGCUGAUUGAGGCGCUUUCUGGGAUCGGAGUCAUAGAUAUUGCGUGUGGAAGUGCACAUUCUGCGUGUAUAACAUCACAGGGCCAUGUGUUGACUUGGGGUAAGGGAAGGUAUGGUCGGUUGGGACAUGGGGAUUCGGAGGAUCAGUUGCAACCAAAACUUGUGGAAGCGUUGCUAGGUUACCGAGCGAUCGAUAUAGCGUGUGGUUCCGGGGAUGCUCAAACUUUGUGCAUCACGGAUGAUGAUAACGUCUGGAGUUGGGGAGACGGGGACUACGGUAAACUCGGCAGGGGAGGUUCCGAUGGUUGCAAGAUUCCUAUGAAGAUCGAGAGCUUGGCUGGACUUGGAGUUAUCAAGGUGGAAAGUGGAUCUCAAUUUUCCGUUGCGUUGACACGAUCGGGUAGCGUUUAUACCUGGGGCAAAGGAGACUAUCAUCGGCUAGGGCAUGGUAACACAGAUCACGUCCGGCGUCCGAAGAAGGUAGCCGCCCUUCAAGGUAAGAAAAUAAUUUCCAUCGCAACUGGAUCCCUUCACUGCGUGGCAUGCAGCGAUUCCGGGGAAGUUUUCACCUGGGGAGAUAAUGACGAAGGUCAGUUGGGAGAUGGCACGGUAACAGCGAUUCAACGACCUCGUCUCGUCCAAUCCCUGCAAGGCAAACAUAUUGUUAAGGUUAUUUGCGGUUCUGCCCACACAUUGGCAUUGUCGACAUAUCAGUUGAGUGAAGCCGUCCGACCACCGCCAUCCCCUCCAUUAGAAUACGAUCUGGUCCGGGAUAUCGCUCCUGAAGUGCUCCACGCUCGUUUAGUGUUACUCCAUCACUUCUCCGAGCUGAUCUGUCCGUGUCUCGCAAUGCUACAGAUCUCCGGUGAGCUUUCGCUUGGUGCGUUGAAAGAUAUUCUUGUGUACUCGAUCAAGGAAGCAGGCUUCCGUAAGGUCAUUCAAACCACAAUGGUUCGCGAUAAACCACACGGGCCGGUCAUCGAGCUGAAUCGAAUCCAAGUGAAGCGAUCGCGUAUGCGAUCGAACAACGGAUUGGCGGGGGUCGACGGUAUGAAGAGUGUGUUUGGUCAGAUGGUCCAGAAGCUGCCACUGCUAACCCAAGAAGCACUCUCUAUGCCUCACCGAGUGUGGAAGGUUAAAUUUGUUGGCGAGAGUGUGGAUGAUUGUGGCGGUGGCUUCAGCGAAUCGAUAGCGGAGAUGUGUGACGAACUGCAGAACGGAAGCGUUCCGCUGUUGAUCCAAACGCCCAACGGCCGCGGUGAAGCUGGAGCUAACCGGGAUUGCUUCUUGCUUGAUCCUACCCUGAAUUCGAUGCUGCAUAUGAACAUGUUUAGAUUCUUGGGAGUGUUGAUGGGUAUAGCGGUGAGGACAGGAUCGCCACUGAGCUUGAAUUUGGCGGAACCGGUUUGGCGACAGCUCUGCGGAGAAACGUUGCGUCCAUCCGAUCUGACGGAGGUGGAUCGAGACUAUAUCACUGGAUUGCUGUACAUCCGAGACAUAGAGGAUGAUCCGAAGGUGUUCGCCUCCAUGGAGCUACCAUUCUCGACUCCAUCGGCGAAAGGACACGAAGUUCCGCUCUCUACAAGGUUUACGAAGAUCACCCCGGAGAACCGAAACGAAUACGUCAAGUUGGCCCUGAACUACCGCAUCCAUGAGUUCGACGAACAGGUCAAAGCCGUACGGGAUGGCAUGUCCAAGGUGAUCGCGGUACCACUUCUCUCGCUGUUCUCCGCAUCCGAGCUGCAGGCUAUGGUUUGUGGCUCGCCGGACAUUCCACUAUGUUUGCUGAAGACUGUCGCCACCUACAAGGGGGUGGAAUCUACGGCUCCGCUGGUCCAGUGGUUCUGGGAAGUGAUGGAAGAGUUCACCAACCAGGAACGCUCACUGUUCCUCCGUUUUGUCUGGGGCAGAACCCGUUUGCCCCGGACUAUUGCUGAUUUCCGUGGACGUGACUUCGUUCUGCAAGUGCUGGACAAGUACAACCCGGCUGAUCAUUUCCUGCCGGAGAGCUACACCUGUUUCUUCCUGCUGAAGAUGCCGAGAUAUUCAUGCAAGGCUGUUCUACAAGAGAAACUCAAAUACGCCAUAUAUUUCUGCAAGAGUAUCGACACAGAUGAGUACGCUCGGGUGGCCAUGGGUGAUCCAACGGAAGUAACAGGCAGCGAGGAUAACAGUGAUAUUGAAUCGAUUGCUUAAACACAAUCGUGCCUCUGCGAGCUUACACGACUGAUCACUUUUACAAUCCUAUAACCAAAAAAACACAAGAAACAAAACAAAGUAAAAAAAAACAAGAAUUUCUACCUUUUGAAAAGAAUGUUGUGUGCAGUACGAGGUACCGGACCGAGGGAAGUAUAAAUCCAACUCAUUGUAAUUAUAUUAAAGCUAAUGCGAAAGCGCUUGUGUCUUCAAAGGCGGUGACUGCAGACUAUUUGCACAUAUAUUUCUCUUAUUUAUGACAAUUGUCAAACGUCUUGUAUGCAUUUAAAUCUACUAAACCAAACUAUUAGAGAUAACGCAAAUUGUGAAAGUAUACAAAAAACAAAAGAAAACUAAAAAACAAAUAUGCACUCACCUAAUCACACUCAUCCAAAGGAAGAUAUAUUUUUCGAGUGUUCUCUGUGCUGCUUAUUUUGAUUCGUUCCUUAUUUGUUCAAACUUCCUGUUGCAAAGCACCUUAGUAGAUUCAGCCUCGGAAGCAAACACGCUAACCAUACAACCAGAUACCCCAGAAGAAGUAGUUGUAGAACGAAACAGGAAGACGCUCUCGUAGAUGUUAAACUUCUAAGAAUAUCGUAAAAUAGGCGACCUGAAAAGAGUCUCAACUAAAGAACUAACAAUAAAAUAAAUCGUAAAAAGGGAAAUAGUCCCCAACAACAAAAACAAAACAGAGGUAGCGUAUCUAUUAGCUUCACGUAGAAUUGAGCGAUAUUCUAUUCUAACCGUGACUGGGAUUGGAUUGAUUCAUAUGAUCUAAACUGCUGGCAGCAUUUAAAUAUUUCAUUUCACGAUCCUAGGAUUAGAACUUGCGAGUUACAUACAACAAAUGCCAAUUCCUCUCAACUAGACGGAACAAUUGAAUGAAGACAGUGCGCUGGUGGCAUAUUUUGAAUACAUAAUUGGGUUAAGAACACGUUAGGAACGAAAUAUUCCAAAACAUUGAACCACAACAGAACGUUAUUUCUACGCCACGCAAAUAUUCAAGCAUUCUACUUCUAGUGAACAAGUUAAACUGUAAAUGUAGGGUGUAUUGAUUAAUAGUAUUGGGACAUUAGUAUUAACAACAAAAAAUAAGCGAUGUAGAGUUGUCCCACAAAAAAAAACUAGUUCCAGUUCAAUCCCUGGCUAAUUAUAUCAUAGAUUCAUUACACGGUCAUACAAUGAAAUGCCUAGCAUUUUGGGAGCCGGCAGCAUUACCAGAAGUCUCAUCGUCCGAGCUCUCGCGAGCUCUUUUCCCUAGACGAAAAUGAAUAUUAAUUUAAAAUCUCAUUAAUUUAUUGGUCCAUCAUUUAUUUGUAAGAUUAAGAUAGUAGAACAUCUCCAUCGCGAAUCAGUCAUUCGUUUCUACACACGUUCGCCGCGGAUAUCACACCGAAUUUUCUGUCGCAAGCCCUAAGUUCAGACCGUCAGUAUUGUUCCUUUUGAUAGUGCAUACAGAUAGGAAACAAAAACCGUGUGGACAUUAGUUUUUUUUUUCUAGUCUAUUACAGUGUUGAUUUUGGAUGGUUGAGUAUAGGAAAUUAGUGUAUGUUAAGACAAUGAUUCUGCCCACUGAGGAAGUGGGUGGGUCGACCAUUUCGUACUGAAAACCCGUACACAAGAAAUACUUGAGGUUCCCUAGGAGAAGUAUACUCUGUUUUCUUUUUUUCUAAUAAUUGUAAACUGAUAGUUUGCAUGAGUGAGCCUGGUUUUACGUUCUGUGAUUUUCUUUAAAUGUUUUAUUCCGUACACAAAACAAAAGCUGAUUCAACAAUCAUAUAUAUGUGUCUUCAGAGAAAAAUGUAA